AGUCGAGUACCGCGCCCCGUCUGCCGUCUUCCCUGCAACCCGCUCCCGCCGCCCUGCACUGCCGGCGCAUCUACUAGAUCCGCCGCUGCCGGCGGUCUCCUGGCUCCGCCCCUGCCGAGCCGGUCAUGCCGGGCAGAGGGAGAGGGGGAGGGAGGGAGAGCCGCCGCGGCUCGCCGGCCGGCCAGUCACGCCGGGCGUCGCCGCCGGUAGAGGUGUGAAACAACGGUACCGCUGCCAGGGAAAAGCCGCUCAGCUCACAGAGAGUCGAGAGCCAGUGAGCGCAGGACGAGCUACUGAGCGGAGGAACAAACAGAAGCCAUGGGUCUGGACCUGUACUUCAUGGACAAGAGCUCGCCGGCCCGGGCGGCGCUGCUCCUCAUCAAAACGCUCGGCCUGGACGUCAAUGUCAAAUCGCUGGAUCUCUUCGGCGGGGAACACCUGCAGGAAGACUUUGUCGCCAUAAACCCCCAGCACACGAUCCCGACUCUGGUGGACGGAAAGUUCGUCAUAUGGGAGAGUCGCGCCAUCAUGACGUAUCUGGUGAACAAAUACGGCAAGGACACCUCCCUGUACCCUACCGACCCUGAGGAGAGGGCUGUGGUCGACCAGAGACUCUACUUCGACAUGGGCACACUCUACGACAACUUCGGAAAAUGUGUGUACCCCAUCAUCUUCGGAGGUGCCAAAGAGGUGGAUGAGGCCGCCCUGACGAAGACGAAGCAGGCUCUGACGUGGCUGGAGGGCUUCAUUGGAGACCGGGGGUUCGUGGCCGGCAGCAGUCUGACGGUGGCCGACAUCGCCCUGGGAGUCACCGUGUCCACACUGGAGGCGUCAGGCAUCUUGGACCUGUCCGCCUACCCCGUCGUCAGCGCCUGGCUGAACAAGCUGAAGACGACGCUUCCCGGGUACGCGGAGGCCAACCAGCCGGGAGCCGAGGCCUUCGGCGUCAUGUUCAAGGAGGCGCUGGCCAGGAAGUCGUGACUCGUGAGGAGGCCGAGGAUGAUACCAGCGAGGGGGUCCUAUGCGUGGUGACCACAACGCUGCCAGUGUUCUAAGAACAGAAUCGGAGCUUACAGCACGUCGGCCAAAUGGAUAUGUAACGGAGACUGUCGGGAAAUAUGAAAUAUAUGUUUACAAAAUAUUGGUGAAAGAAAAAACUGUGUUUACGACGACAAUGAAUUGUGAUA